AUGGCAAGACUUCUCGAAGGGAAGGUAGCUGCUAUCACUGGCGGCCUUACAGGUAUCGGAAGGGCAAUAGCUGUCGAGUUCGCUAGGCAAGGAGCAAAGGUGUCUGUCAAUCAUCUUGGUUUGCCAGCUGAAGAGAAAGACCAACGCUCCCUGUGCAAGCAAGUGGGCAGCGACAAUAGCCAGGAGGAGUUUCCGCUCUUCUUUUACGCUGGAGACAUCUCAGACCCAGAUGUGGCGGAGGCGUUCUUGGUCCGCACGGCGCAGCAUUUUGGUCAUCUGGACAUUGUGGUUGCCAAUGCUGGGAUUGCUCAAUUCCACGAGUUCUUGUCGACUCCAGACGACUUUAUCCAGAGACACGUCGAAGUCAACGUGUCGGGAACUUAUUAUACUGUCCGUGCCGCGGGCCGGAUCAUGCAGGCGCAAGGGACCGGAGGUUCCAUCAUUGGGAUAUCCAGUGUUUCCGCUCUCACAGGCUCUGGAGGCCUUGUGCAUUACACGCCAACCAAAGCUGCCGUGCUGAACCUGAUGCAAUCAUCUGCCGUUGCCCUGGGACCGUACGGAAUUCGAUGCAACGCCUUGCUUCCUGGCACGAUCAGGACGCAGUUGAACAAAUGUGAUCUGGCGCGGAACGACAAAUGGAAGGAAAUUGAGCGCCGAACAUGUCUAAAAAGGGUUGGCCUUCCGGCAGAUGUCGCCGGCCCGGCAGUGUUUCUUGCCAGUGAUUUGUCCAAAUAUGUGGUAAGAGAGUUUCUGUCUUAG